AUGGAGCAGCACCCAGUCCCGGCAGCUGACCUGUCUGGGUUGGGUCCUGGCACUGACCCUUUGAAAGGGCAGCUGGUUGGCAAGGUGCUGGGCACACGGGCUGCACCUCUGAGUGUCCUUUUGGCCUUGUUGGACCUCCUUUCCCGGGUGGAGGCCCGGUCGGGCCCAUUAGGCCCAGGCAGGGAGGGAGUUAAAAGCCCUGGGGAGGAGCUGGAAGUCGCCAAGCAGUCCCUAGGACCAGCUCCUAAGCUGGGAGUGCCGGCUUGGCUCCUCUCUGACCCUGGCCUCCUCUCCAGGCCUCCCCAGGACAUAAGCCUGGAAGAAUUUGAUGAUGAAGACUUGUCUGAGAUCACAGACGACUGUGGCCUGGGCCUCAGCUAUGACUCCGACCACUGCGAGAAGGACAGCCUUUCCUUGGGACGCUCAGAGCAGCCACACCCCAUCUGCUCCUUCCAAGAUGACUUCCAGGAGUUUGAGAUGAUUGAUGACAAUGAAGACGAGGAGGAGGAGGAGGAGGAGGAGGAGGAGGAGGAAGACGAGGAGGAAGAAGAGGAGGAGGAGGAAGAGGGAGAAAGGGAGGGCAAGGAGGGAGGAGGUCCUGGCUCAGAGGUGCCUGCAGAGGAGUCCCUUAUCCCCUCACCUACCCUGAAGGAACCCCACAAGCACCGACCCACCACACUCUACCUGACAACGCUGGGUGCCCAGGACUCCCUGAACAACAAUGGAGGCUUCCUCCCUGCGCCUGCAGACACCUGGCCCCAGACAGCACUCUGCUCCCCAGCCCUGGAGCCCCGCAGAGAGCCCCCUGGGCCCCUCCUGCCCUCAGAAGAGGCAGACAGGGAGGCCCAGGCCCUGCCCCCCGGUUGUGACUGCGAAGGGAACCCGGCCCCUGCACCGCCUGCUCCAGGCGGCGGCGGCGGAGCCUCGCCCUCUUCCUCGGACCCCGGAAUUGAGGCCGACCUGAGAAGCCGCUCCAGCGGGGACCCUGGUGGCCGGCGCAGCAGCCAGGAGCUGUCAUCACCUGGCUCAGACUCGGAGGACGCAGGCGCGCGCCUGGGGCGCAUGAUCUCCUCUAUCUCGGAGACCGAGCUGGAGCUGAGCAGCGACAGUGGCAGCAGCAGCAGCGGCCGCUCCUCGCAUCUCACCAACUCCAUUGAGGAGGCCUCGUCGCCCGCCUCAGAGCCUGAGCCCGAGCCUGAGCCUGAGCCCCCACGCCGGCCGGCCUUCCUGCCCGUGGGCCCCGAUGACACCAACAGCGAGUAUGAGCUGGUGGACAUGGAGACGCUGUGUGCACCACCGCCGCCUGCGCCUGCCGCCCCCCGGCCAGGCCCCGCACAGCCUGGGCCAUGCCUGUUCCUCAGCAACCCCACACGUGACACCAUCACGCCGCUAUGGGCCUCAUCUGGCCACCCUGCGCGUCCUGGACGCGCCUGCUCGGCCGCCUGCUCAGAGGAGGAGGAUGAGGAGGAGGAGGAGGAGGAGGAGGACGAAGAUGAGGCCGAGGACAGUGUGGGGCCCCCUGGGGGGCGGGCCCCAGGCUCCACUGCACCGCUGGAUGCAUCGUUGGUGUAUGAUGCGGUCAAGUACACGCUGGUGGUGGAUGAGCACACGCAGCUGGAGCUAGUGAGCCUGCGCCGCUGUGCUGGCCUGGGUGAGGACAGCGAGGAGGACAGCACAGGGGAGGCCAGCGAGGAGGAGGCCAGUGCCACACUGCUAAGCAGUGAGCAGGGCCCAGCAGACGCCUCUCCUGACAGCCCUGACCUCACCUUCUCCAAGAAGUUUCUCAACGUGUUUGUCAACAGCACCUCUCGAUCCUCCAGCACAGAGUCCUUCGGUCUCUUUUCCUGUCUGGUCAACGGGGAGGAGAAGGAGCAGACCCACCGGGCUGUCUUCAGGUUCAUCCCUCGACAUCCAGACGAGCUGGAGCUGGACGUGGAUGACCCGGUGCUGGUGGAAGCUGAAGAGGAUGACUUCUGGUUCCGUGGCUUCAACAUGCGCACUGGGGAGCGCGGCGUAUUCCCAGCCUUCUAUGCCCAUGCAGUGCCUGGCCCUGCCAAGGAUCUGCUAGGGAGCAAGCGGAGUCCUUGCUGGGUGGAGCAGUUCGAUGUGCAGUUCCUGGGCUCUGUGGAGGUGCCCUGCCACCAGGGCAAUGGCAUCUUGUGUGCAGCCAUGCAGAAGAUCGCCACUGCCCGGAAACUGACUGUCCACCUGCGUCCUCCUGCCUCCUGUGACCUUGAGAUCUCUCUUCGGGGUGUCAAGCUGAGUCUGAGUGGAGGAGGGCCGGAGUUCCAGCGCUGCAGCCACUUCUUCCAGAUGAAGAACAUCUCCUUCUGCGGCUGUCACCCCCGAAACAGCUGCUACUUUGGCUUCAUUACCAAACACCCUCUGCUGAGCCGCUUCGCCUGUCACGUCUUUGUGUCUCAGGAGUCCAUGAGGCCAGUGGCGCAGAGCGUGGGCCGUGCCUUCCUGGAGUACUACCAGGAGCACCUGGCGUACGCCUGCCCCACAGAGGACAUCUACCUGGAGUAGCCACCUGCACCCUCAGCUCCCACCGCACCGCUCCAGGGCAGCUGCAGCUGGGGUGUCUCGAAGCCACCAUGGCUUUGGCAAAGACUGGAUGGGGCAUGUGGGGCCCCACAUCUGUGGGCGUCUUCGGGCUGAGAACUCUUAUCCUCCAUCCCCAGGGCAUGGCUGUAGGGGCCACAGGGGGUGGUGGGGCCCCUGGUACCUGCCGCUUUUCAAUGCAUUCUUUCUUCUGUCCUCAGUCCUGACCCUCACUUGCCCU